UCCCUAAUUUCAUUUCCAUUCACAAGAGUCUCUCUCUUUCUCUCUGCUCCCAUCUACUUCACACCUACCACACAAGACGAGAGAGACUCUUUCUUCAAUUCAAUUCAUUUCAUUUCAUUUCAUUUUUUUUAACCAUGCAAGAUUCAAGCUCAAUGAAAUUUUCUCCACUUGAUCUAAUGUCAGCACUAAUCAAAGGCAAAAUCGAUCCAUCCAAUGGAACCGUUCCAGCUUCACUCAUACUUGAGAACCGCGAAUUCGUUAUGAUCUUAACAACUUCAAUAGCUGUUCUCAUCGGUUGCGUCGUCGUUUUAAUUUGGCGUAGAUCCAAUUCUCAAAAACCAAAACCAAUUGAAGUUCCUAAACGCGUUAUCGAGAAACUUCCUGAACUUGAAAUCGAUGACGGUACCAAAAAAGUUACCGUUUUCUUUGGCACUCAAACCGGUACCGCCGAAGGUUUUGCCAAGGCGAUAGCGGAAGAGGCAAAAGCGCGUUAUGAGAAGGCCAAGUUUAAAGUAGUUGAUAUGGAUGAUUAUGCUGCUGAUGACGAUGAAUACGAGGAGAAAUUAAAAAAGGAGACAAUGGCUCUUUUCUUCUUAGCUACAUAUGGUGAUGGUGAGCCAACUGAUAAUGCCGCGAGAUUUUAUAAAUGGUUCGAGGAAUUUGAAGGGGAAGAAGAUUCGUUUAAGAAUCUUCAGUAUGGUGUGUUUGGACUUGGGAACAGACAGUAUGAGCAUUUUAAUAAGGUGGCUAAAAUAGUUGAUGAUAAGCUUCUUGAGAAAGGUGGGAAUCGUCUUGUCCCCGUGGGUCUUGGAGAUGAUGAUCAGUGUAUAGAAGAUGAUUUUACUGCAUGGAAAGAAGAACUAUGGCCAGCGUUGGAUCAAUUGCUAAGAGAUGAGGAUGAUGCAACUGUGGCUACACCUUAUACUGCUUCUGUUUUGGAGUACCGGGUUGUUAUUCGUGAUCAAUUGGAUGCAACUGUGGACGAAAAGAAGCAGCUUAAUGGAAAUGGCCAUGCUGUUGUGGACGCUCAUCAUCCAGUCAGGGCUAAUGUGGCUGUGCGAAAGGAGCUUCAUACUCCUGCAUCAGAUCGUUCUUGCACUCAUUUAGAAUUUGACAUUUCAGGCACCGGAGUUGUAUAUGAAACAGGGGACCAUGUUGGUGUUUACUGUGAGAAUUUAUCCGACACUGUGGAAGAGGCAGAAAGGAUACUAGGUUUGUCCCCGGACACCUAUUUCUCCGUCCAUACCGAUGACGAAGAUGGGAAACCUCUUGGUGGAAGCUCCUUGCCUCCUCCUUUCCCACCCUGUACUUUAAGAACAGCGCUUGCUAAAUACGCAGAUGUUUUGAGUUCACCUAAAAAGUCUGCCUUGCUUGCCUUAGCUGCUCAUGCAUCUGAUCCAUCUGAAGCGGAUCGACUAAGACAUCUUGCCUCACCUGCUGGAAAGGAUGAGUAUGCAGAGUGGGUGAUUGCCUCUCAAAGAAGUCUCCUUGAGGUUAUGGCUGAAUUUUCAUCAGCCAAACCUCCAAUUGGUGUCUUUUUUGCAUCAGUUGCUCCUCGCCUACAGCCAAGAUAUUAUUCAAUUUCAUCAUCUCCAAGAGUGGCACCAUCCAGAAUUCAUGUUACCUGCGCGUUAGUGCAUGAUAAAAUGCCCACUGGACGGAUUCAUCAAGGAGUGUGUUCAACUUGGAUGAAGAAUUCUGCACCAUUGGAGAAAAGUCAGGACUGUAGUUGGGCUCCUAUCUUUGUUAGGCAGUCCAAUUUCAGACUCCCUGCUGAUAAUAAAGUGCCUAUAAUUAUGAUAGGUCCUGGCACUGGGUUGGCUCCUUUCAGAGGUUUCUUGCAGGAAAGAUUAGCUUUGAAAGAAGAAGGAGCUGAGCUAGGCCCCUCUGUUUUAUUCUUUGGUUGCAGGAACCGUCAAGUGGACUAUAUCUACGAAGAUGAAUUGAACCAUUUCGUUCAUGGUGGCGCACUUUCUGAGCUCAUUGUUGCCUUCUCACGAGAGGGGCCUACUAAGGAAUAUGUCCAACAUAAAAUGAUAGAGAAGGCUUCAGAUAUUUGGAACAUGAUAUCUCAGGGAGCUUACAUUUAUGUGUGUGGUGAUGCCAAGGGUAUGGCUAAGGAUGUACACCGCACUCUACAUACAAUUUUGCAAGAACAGGGCUCUUUGGACAAUUCCAAGACUGAGAGCAUGGUUAAGAACCUACAAAUGACUGGCAGAUAUUUGCGUGAUGUAUGGUAAUGAUGAACCGGGCUUAUGAUAAAACGCCAGUAAAGACUAGUAAUGGAUUGAAGAUAAGAUAUUGGAAGGGACUUAUUUAUUCCCUUUCAGUUAUGCCCUCAAAAGAGGGAGAAGGGGUUACUUCUGCGUGUUACAUCACGGCAACAAUUCCUACGAUUCUUUGUCACUAUUUUCAAAUGGAUUCUUUUUUGUUCGUGUAACUUAUACUUUGUUUAUACAUAGAUUAUGUAUUUUAGCUUUCUUAUAUUGUAUGAACCUAUAAGGAGGGUUUUGAGAUCAGACAAUUCCUUGUAUUGUAAACCUCUAAUAAAAUUGUUUGCAGAAAAAUGAGAAUUAUUUCUGCUAGUAUUAUAUCAAAUUUUGAUAUCCCAA